UAUAUAUAUAUAGGGAAACAUUCUCACGCCUCACUGACACUGACAAAGACAGAGACAGUGACUCUUGGAUCAAGCACAUCAUCCCAACAACACUACUCCUCCUCAGUUGACCAAAAGUCAAAUUCAAUCCUUUAUUAUCUAUGUAUCAUACUCUAUACAAGUACCAUCAUACAUAACAAACAGGGCCUUAAAAGGAACAAACACAAUAAAGCAGCAAACUUCUUUUCCAAAAGGUUUUCCCAUAACAAAUUCUCAUCUUCUUCACUCAUCAACAUUCUCAUCUCUCUGGUUCCAAGCUAGCUUCUUGUCCUCAAUGGAGAACAACAACAACAAAAGAAACCCACUUCCCCAUUUUCCACGUCUUACUCUUACUACUAUUACACUCAUGAUCUUCCUUGUUACGAUGAUGUUUCCUGUGACUGAAGAAGCUGCAGCACCAGUUUCUUCUUCCAUCAAGACCGAUGAACAGGCCCUUCUCAUGUUCAAAAAGAUGGUUCAAAAAGAUGAAACUGGAGCUUUGUCAGGUUGGCAGCUCAACAGGAAUCCAUGCACCUGGUUUGGAGUUUCAUGCACUCAUGGAAGAGUCACUCAGCUUGAUCUCAGUGGCCAUGGUUUAUCCGGAACCAUCACUCUUGACCCUCUAUCUUCUCUAGACAUGUUGUCUGUUCUGAAACUUUCUCUCAAUUCAUUCUCUGUAAAUUCCACUUCCUUGCUUACCCUCCCUUACAGUUUGACACAGCUUGAUCUCUCUUUUGCCGGAGUUUCAGGUCCAAUCCCUGACAACUUCUUCUCAAGGUGUCCAAAUCUUGUUGUUGUGAACCUCUCUUACAACAACAUGACUGGCCCUAUCCCUGAUAAUUUCUUGCAAAAUUCUGAUAAGUUGCAGUCUCUUGAUCUCUCUUCCAACAAUUUAUCAGGCUCAAUAUCUGGCCUCAAAAUUGAUUGCAACUCCUUGUUGCAGCUUGAUCUAUCUGAGAACCGUUUAUCAGAUUCAAUUCCAAUCUCUCUGUCAAACUGCACCAGCCUCAAGAGUUUGAACUUGGGGAACAAUUUGAUUUCUGGUGAGAUUCCAAAGGCUUUGGGGAAUCUGAACAGCCUACAGACUUUGGAUCUUUCAAGGAAUCAACUCAUUGGUUGGAUCCCUUUUGAGUUUGGAAAUGUGUGUGCUUCCCUUGUCGAACUUAGGCUCUCUUUCAACAACCUUACAGGUUCAAUACCAUCAAGUUUCUCUUCUUGCACUUGGCUGCAGCUUCUUGAUAUAUCCAACAACAACAUGUCAGGUCCAUUGCCAGAUUCAAUCUUUCAUAACCUCGGAUCAUUGCAGGAAUUAAGGCUGGGAAACAAUGCAAUCUCAGGGCCAUUCCCAUCUUCAAUAUCUUCCUGCAAGAAACUGAGGAUUGUGGAUUUUAGCUCAAACAAAUUCUAUGGAUCUAUCCCCAGAGAUAUAUGUCCAGGUGCAGCAUCACUUGAGGAGCUGAGAAUGCCAGAUAAUCUCAUAACUGGGGAAAUUCCAUCUCAACUGUCAAAAUGCUCACAGUUAAAGACACUUGAUUUUAGUCUCAACUAUCUCAAUGGUUCAAUCCCUGAGGAGCUUGGACAGCUUGAGAAUCUUGAGCAGCUGAUAGCAUGGUUCAAUGGCUUGGAAGGUAAGAUUCCACCAAAGUUGGGGAAAUGCAAGAAGCUCAAGGAUCUUAUACUGAACAAUAAUCACUUAACUGGUGAAAUUCCCAGUGAGUUGUUCAACUGCAGCAACCUUGAAUGGAUAUCACUCACAAGCAAUGAGCUCAGCGGCGAGAUACCGCGCGAGUUUGGCCUAUUGACAAGGCUGGCUGUUCUGCAGCUUGGAAACAACAGCUUCACCGGGCAGAUACCGGGGGAGCUGGCCAAUUGCAGCAGUUUGGUGUGGUUGGACUUGAACAGCAACAAGCUCACAGGUGAGAUUCCACCAAGACUUGGAAGGCAGCAAGGAGCAAAGUCAUUGUUUGGAAUUUUGUCAGGAAACACUUUGGUGUUUGUGAGGAAUGUUGGAAACUCGUGCAAAGGUGUUGGGGGUUUGUUGGAAUUCUAUGGAAUAAGGCCUGAGAGACUCUUGCAGGUUCCAACACUAAGGACCUGUGAUUUCACAAGGCUGUAUUCAGGUCCUGUUCUUAGUCUUUUCACAAAGUAUCAGACUCUGGAGUAUCUUGAUCUCUCCUACAACGAGCUCCGAGGAAGAAUCCCCCAAGAAUUCGGGGACAUGGAGGCCCUGCAGGUUCUUGAGUUGUCUCACAAUCAGUUAUCUGGAGAAAUCCCUUCAACAUUAGGCCAGCUAAAGAAUUUGGGAGUGUUUGAUGCAUCACACAAUAGAUUGCAGGGCCAUAUCCCUGACUCAUUCUCAAACCUGUCAUUCUUGGUGCAGAUUGAUCUAUCAAACAAUGAGUUAACAGGGGAGAUUCCAUCUAGAGGGCAAUUGAGCACACUUCCAGCUUCUCAGUAUGCAAACAAUCCCGGUCUUUCAUAGAUCAGCAACUGCAGCAUGGGCUAACAGCAUUGUCAUGGGGAUUCUGAUUUCUGUGGCUUCUGUUUGUAUUUUGAUCGUGUGGGCAAUCGCGAUGCGGGCGAGGAGGAAGGAGGCAGAGGAAGUGAAGAUGCUUAAUAGCUUGCAGGCAUCACAUGCUGCCACAACAUGGAAGAUUGACAAGGAGAAAGAGCCUCUAAGCAUCAAUGUUGCAACCUUUCAGAGGCAGCUUAGGAAGCUGAAAUUCUCACAGCUGAUCGAAGCAACCAAUGGAUUCUCAGCAGCAAGCCUAAUUGGUUGUGGUGGUUUUGGUGAAGUGUUCAAGGCCACACUGAAGGACGGUUCAAGUGUUGCAAUAAAGAAGCUCAUUAGGCUGAGCUGCCAGGGUGAUAGAGAAUUCAUGGCUGAGAUGGAAACCUUGGGGAAGAUCAAGCACAGAAACCUAGUCCCUCUGUUGGGAUACUGCAAAGUUGGGGAAGAGAGGCUGCUUGUGUAUGAGUACAUGGAGUAUGGAAGCCUGGAGGAGAUGCUCCACGGCAGAACAAAGUCGCGCGACCGGCGAAUUCUGACAUGGGAAGAGAGGAAAAAGGUUGCAAGAGGUGCUGCCAAAGGACUUUGUUUCCUUCACCACAAUUGCAUCCCACACAUAAUACACAGAGACAUGAAAUCAAGCAAUGUGCUGCUUGAUCAUGAAAUGGAGUCAAGAGUGUCUGAUUUCGGAAUGGCAAGGCUCAUAAGUGCACUUGACACACAUCUCAGCGUCAGCACAUUGGCCGGAACACCUGGCUAUGUUCCACCCGAGUACUACCAAAGCUUCAGGUGCACGGCAAAGGGAGAUGUCUACUCUUUUGGAGUUGUCAUGCUUGAAUUGUUAACCGGAAAGCGCCCCACCGAUAAGGAGGACUUUGGAGACACCAAUUUGGUCGGAUGGGCCAAGAUGAAGGUUCGCCAAGGGACUCACAUGGAAGUCAUUGAUCCUGAUUUGCUUCAGGUCUGUCAAGGUUCAGAUGAAGCUCAGCUCAAUGAAGUUAAGGACAUGCUUCGCUUCUUGGAUAUCACUCUGCAGUGCGUUGAUGACUUGCCUUCUAAGAGGCCAAACAUGUUGCAGGUUGUUGCCAUGCUCAGAGACCUUCAUCAUGGAACCACCAACACUGCUUGACUUCAUCUUUUCUUUUCUUUCUAAACGGCAUAAUAC